UCCAAGGAUAAAAUGAGCGACACGUAGUCGUCGCUCCCUUGUGUCUCUGCUCCCGCAGUCAUAAGCAGGGCCUUCCUUUCUAUUUUCUUCGCGUCCGCGCACCACUACCUUCAACAUCGCCAUGACUUCACCGACGGAAGCGAAACAAGUCUACUCCGAAGACCAUCUCCCGGAGUUCACUCCCAUGCCAUGGACUUUGAGCGAGAUUCGCGCAGCUAUCCCUGCCCAUUUCCACGUGCGGAAGACGUGGAAGGGCUUGCUGUACUUGGCCCGCGACUUGGCCAUGGCAGCGGUUGUGUGGAGGGUCGCUCUCCAUAUCGAUCCCACCUUCCGAAGCGAAGCAAUGUUGCAGUACCUCACACCCCACGCGGCGGAAACUGCGCGUUGGUGCGCAUGGGCCGUGUACUGGUGGUUUCAGGGACUCAUCUUCACUGGCGUCUGGGUCAUUGGUCAUGAAUGUGGUCAUGGCGCGUUCUCCGCUAGCAAGCGCGUGUGCGACAUAGUCGGAUUUAUAACACACACGCUCCUCUGGACACCAUACUUCAGCUGGCAGAUCUCGCACCACCGCCAUCACAGCAACCACGCGUCGAUGGAACGUGACGAGGUGUACGUCCCCAAGACGCGCUCCGACCUGGGCAUCCCGAAGGAGGGCGACGUCGCGUUCGACUACGAAGACUAUCUUGGGGACACGCCCAUCUAUACGCUCUUCAUGCUUGUUCGCCAGCAGGUGCUCGCGUUCCCCGCGUAUCUGCUCUUCAACGUAUCCGGUCAGAAAGGUUACCCGAAAUGGACCAACCACUUCGACCCGAAAUCUGUGCUGUUCACGCAACGCCAGCGUGAUGCCGUGAUAUUGUCGAAUAUUGGGAUUGCAUUCAUGGUCUGGGUCGUCACGGAGGCGAGUAGGAGGUGGGGUGCGUCAGAAGUGGUCAAAUUCUACGGCAUCCCAUGGCUUCUGGUCACUCACUGGUUCAUCAUGAUCACCUACCUUCAUCACACUGAUAUGGAACUCCCUCACUAUCGCAACAGCCAGUGGAACUUCCAGCGGGGCGCUGCAGCGACAGUAGACCGCAACUUCCUCGGCUGGCAGGGCCGAUUCUUCCUCCACGAUGUCGCCCACUUCCAUGUCAUCCAUCACUUCUUCCCUAUGUUGCCUUUCUACAACGGCGCCGAGGCGACCGGAUAUUUGAAGACAUUCAUAGGCGACCAUUACCGCUACUCUGAUAGGCCGGUCUUCCAGGCGCUCUGGGAAAGCUACAACGAUUGUCAGUUCGUCGAGGACGAAGGCGACGUCCUGUUCUACCGGGACCGCAAGGGGCAAGCGAGGGUCCGACCUGCUACCCCCUUCCGCGCGCAGACUUCGGACAGCCCCCUUGCCCAGCAGGACACCUUUUGACAGCGCGAGCUCGUCCACGCAGAAGGGCGGUAGCUGUACGACAAGGGCAUUGUGGCGUCCGUUCCUGUGAGCCAAGUGAACACGAGGCAGGUCUUCUCACAGCGAUGUGAGAAAUUCCUUUCUCCCGUGAGGGUUUAUAGAAUAGAAGGUCUCUGUGUGUGUUUCCUGUGUACUAUUAUUAACGAUCAUCGUGGAGAUAUGUUCAGUAGCAAUUGACUAUAUGCAUCUUCAUUCUCUCCCA